AUGCGUUUCUCCAGCAUCAUCGCUCCCGUCAGCUUGGCCGCCCUGGCCUCUGCUGCCCCAACACUCAAUGCCCGUGACGGUGGCUCAUGCAUUCCCUAUUCGAUCGCCAUCGCGAUUGAGACCCAAUGGAUCUCCACCCUCACCGACUUCAAUAUCGACGUCGCAACGAACCUGCUCGCCCCUGAGCUUGUCGAUACUUCGGACUCGAUCAACUACAUCGCCGGGAUCCCUCUUGGUGGGCCUACCUUUCCCAGCGCCCAGGCAUACAUCGCCGGCCAAGGCGCUCAGCCACCCAUCGGCUUCACCGUCCUCGGCACCGACGUCGUGACCUGCGAUGGUUAUAUUGUCCUCCGAUGGGUUGGUGCCGUUGGUCAACAGAUCUACCCUACUUCAGGUAUCACCAUCCUGAAGGCCGAGCAGAAGGGAUCUGAUGCCGUCGUCGGUCCCACCGGCUGGCAACUUGUCUCCAUCCACACCGAGUUCAACUCCGCUGCCUGGGUUGCCGACAUUGGCGGCACUUGCCCUCCUCCCUCGGGCACUGCUCGCCUGUUGAGAAACUAA